CUUGACUUUGUUUCUUCAUGUCGUUCGAUUCGACCGCCCCAGCUACGGGCUACGUUGCAGCCGUUGUUGAUGCUGUGCAGCAGUAUCUCACCGCCUCUCCUGGUAGAACAGUUCUACUGGGAAUCGUCUAUACGCCAAUAAUCAUCUUCGUGCUGAACAUCCUUAAGCAGCUGGUUGUUCCCCGAGAUCCUUCACUACCUCCAGAAGUGUUCCACUGGAUCCCUUUCGUUGGGUCCUCCAUCGCGUACGGCGAUGACCCACUCAAAUUUUUCUUCGAGUGUAGGGAAAAAUACGGCGAUGUCUUCACAUUCACUCUACUUGGACGCAAGGUGACCGUCGCACUUGGUGCUAAGGGAAACAACUUUGUCUUGGGUGGUAAAUCGACUGCGUUUUCUGCAGAAGAUGCUUACACACACCUCACGACCCCCGUCUUCGGUAAAGAUGUCGUAUACGACGUCCCCAACGAAGUAUUCAUGGAGCAAAAGAAGUUUGUUAAAGUCGGCCUCUCAACUGAGAACUUCCGGGCGUACGUGGGCAUGUUCGAGCAAGAAGUCGACAACUACAUGCGCAGCGACCAAGCAUUCAUCAUCUGGCAAAUGGACGAUAUCAAUGAAUGGGGACGCUUCGAUGUGACGGAUGUCAUGGCUCAAAUCACUAUUUUGACUGCCAGUCGUACUCUGCAAGGCAAGGAGGUCAGGAGUGGUUUGGACAAAUCGUUUUCUGCGCUUUACAACGACCUGGAUGGAGGCUUCACCCCGCUGAAUUUUAUGUUUCCUAACUUGCCUUUGGAAUCUUAUCGCCGUCGGGACAAGGCACACAAGAAAAUGAGCGAAUAUUACACCGACAUUAUCCGCAAACGCAGGGAAUCAGGUCACUCUGACGAACCUGACAUGAUCUCCGCCUUGAUGGAUCAGAAAUACCGUGAUGGCAGACCUCUCCGUGACCAUGAAAUCGCCCACAUCAUGAUUGCCCUUCUCAUGGCAGGACAGCACACUAGCUCUGCCUCCGGUUCAUGGACGCUUCUUCACCUUGCUCAGAACGUCGAAGUCCAGGAAGCGCUUUACCAGGAGCAAGUCGAUCAUUUCGGCAACCCGGAUGGCUCUUUCCGUCCGAUGACAUAUGAGGGCUUCCGCCAGCUUCCAGUCCUUGAUUCCGUCAUUCGUGAGACGCUUCGCAUGCACCCGCCUAUUCACAGCAUCAUGCGCUACUGUUCGUUCCGAUGUCCCAGUUCCCGCGACUCUCGCUGCCCCUCCAAAGAUGGUGUUUAUGUUGUUCCAAAGGGCUACUACGUGCUUGCUUCUGCUGCCGUCAGCCAGGUUGACCCCCUUAUCUGGGUUAACCCUACGAAGUGGGACCCAACACGGUGGAGUGACCCCGAGGGCGUUGCUGCUCAGGCUUUCAAGACUUACUCUGACGAGAAUGGCGAGAAGAUUGAUUAUGGUUUCGGUGCUGUAAGCAAGGGAACUGAGAGCCCGUACCAACCCUUCGGUGCCGGGAGGCAUAGAUGCAUUGGCGAGCAGUUCGCAUACCUGCAACUUGGAACUGUGAUUUCCACCAUCAUCCGCAAAGUUGAGCUUCGGUUAGAGGAUGGCAUUACAGAGAUCCCAGAACACAACUAUCAUACCAUGAUCACAAUGCCAAAGAAACCUCGGAAUGUCUGUUACAGACGCAGGAGAUUCGAUUAA